CUGGCAGCAGGCGGUUUUCAUUCGCCGCUCUGAGUUCAUAUCUGGCUGUGAAAGUGUGUUGUUGUUGACCCGUGCUGGCCGAACGUGCACCGCAAGGUCUGCUCGCGUAACACACUCUCUCCAGCACCGCACCAUUCUCCUCCCCCUGGCUCUUCGUUUCGUCCUGUAGAGUCGCCACCGUACAUACUCACAAGUCUUGGCCUUUUUCCGCUAACAUCUCGCUGAACAAUGCCUGCACUCACGCUUCCGUCGACGUUCGCCAAUUCGUUCUGGUCACAGGACUAUCGUAGAGGAGUUGAGAUACUGUAUACCAAACUUGAGCAGGGCGUCGUUGAAAACGACGAGAUUAUCGCGUUCAUUCGCGCUCGAGCCAAUGCAGAAAACGCUCUGGCUAACUCACUUCAUGGCGUACAGGAUAUCGCAACUAAAGGCAAUGGAUUCAAUGCGGACGAGGGUGCUUCCUUGUUAAUGGCCUUCCGAGGCUUGCAAGCCGAAUCUGCUGCGCAGGGAGAAGCUCAUAGGACAGUCGCUAAGGAGCUGAAGGAGCUCGUAGCGGAUCCGUUUAGCGAAUGGGCGGUCGGACAUAAGGAUCGUGUUUACGGUAGCAGAAACGCGGUAAUUGAUGGCUGGAUCAAGACCUACGAAAUGGCACAGGGCGAAGUUGACAGAUUGAAGCACCAAUAUCUCGCUAAAGUCCGUCGUGCAGACGAGGCGGAAGACGACGCAAAAUUCGCGCCAAACAGCGAACUAGCAGACAAUUACACUUCUUCACCACGUCUUGCGCCUCGUGAUCGCUCUAUUCCGGUCCCACAGCGUACAUCAAGUGUAUCGGAACGAAUUGCACAACGUUUCAAGGAAUUACAACGCAAAGCGGUGAACGGCGCUUCCGGGAAGACGUCCAUCGACCAAGAUGGUAAAGGACACGACACCUCCAGCAGCGUGAGCACAGUUGUAUUUGACGACAAGUCGGUCACUUCCGAGCCAGAAGGUCACCCGGACUCUGCUACGAGUACGGAGAAAGAAAAGGCAAUCCCGCCGGUGGAUAAAGGGAAGGGAAAGGAAGUUGAGAAAUCACCGGAGGCGUUGAUGUCGCCUCCACCGAUUUCGCAGCCCUUGCCUCCGCCAAAAAUAGAUGCACGCGGCGCGUCUCCGAUGCCACCACCUCCGCCUCCGCCGAUUUUGUUGGCCGGACUUGCACUACCUCCUGCUGCUGUAUCUGACUUGUUGAAGCGUGCCGCGGAGCAAAUCAACCUCCGGCCGAUCAAGUUCCCGAUUAUUGGAGAGUACAAGGAUUGCUUUAGCGGAGAGGAAUUCGUCGUCUGGCUCGUUGAUAAUGUCCAGGGCUUUGGAGGAAGCCUGGAUCGGGCAGAGGAUGCUGCGAGAGACUUGACUGAAAGGGAUGGCGUCCUUCGUCGCGUUGGCGAGUUUGGUAACGCUUUUGAGAAUAACGAGGAGGCGUUCUACCAGUUCAGACCCAAGGCGUUCAACCUCGGAGAAGAAUACGCCAAACAGGAACUCCACGAAGGAGGACUCACUUCACCAAUCGCAAACCUUUCUCCAAUGGCAGACAACCUCGUAAAGCGCUCAAACAACUUCGUAAACAUUGUCUCAAAGGCAAUCAACGAACAACGUCAUUCCGAGCCGUUCUAUGUCCGUGCUCGUGCAGAGGCGAACGCAGCAGACAACGCUUACCGCGGUGCUGUGCGCAAGUUGGACCGUCAACGUCUCGGCCUCGAGGAACGUCUUGAAGACACGUUGAAGACGUUACAGAAAUGGGAAACGGAUCGUCUGCGCGCGGUCAAGACCGUCCUGUUGCAAUACCAAGGAACACUUGCAAACCUACCCAACGCACUACAACCUUCCGUCGAUCGCUCUUCGACGCUCAUCGCGAGUUACCAACCCGAGGCGGACUUACGUGCACUCAUCGAGCGUUAUCGGACUGGCCCGUUUAAACCUGUUGCGCAUGUAUAUGAGUCAUUGACUCAUGAAGAGGCGGAUGUGUAUUUUGGUAUUGAUUUAAGGAGGUGGGCGGAGGGGAGUUGGGAUAGUUUGAGGAGUGAUGCGCCGUUGAAGGAUAAUGUCCCUGAAGUGUUGACUGCUAUGUUGAAUGCUCUUGAUGCUGCUUAUCCGGGCUUGCCGAAUGAUUCUGAGAAACGAAAAGCAUGGAUCUACGAAGUCCCUUUGUCAGCUGUACACCACCUUCGUGAAAGUCUCAACAGCGUACCCUACGGUCAACCUUUCCCAGGAGAACUUCUAAGCAAAUACGAUGCACCUGUAGUAGCAAGCACCGUCAAGCUCUGGGCGUUGGAGCUUGACCCGCCUCUUGGAACUUGGGAAGGCUGGGACGAAUUCCGCCGUCUCUACCCUUCAAUGGGCUCACAUCCAGAGGAAGCUAAUGAACAGCAGCAUAUUCAAGAUCUGCAAGCUGCGUUGUUGAGGCUGCCUAGAGUCCAUCUUUUGGUUUUGGAGGCUAUCUUUGGACAUAUCAAAAAGUUGAUUGAUUCUACAACUGUGGACGAAGAUAAUGGUGUUUACAUGACGAAGUUGGCUUUGUCUAUGGGCAGAAACAUUCUUCGUCCGAAAGUAGAGAACGAAAUCUCAAUUCAGGACCGCCAUCCAACACUCUUCUUCAUCGACCUCCUGAAGCACUUCGACGCAAUCCUCCCACCAACGAUCGCUCGCAAAAAACGCGACUCAGACCGGAAGAUCCCACUCCGUAAACGUACUGCUCCAGUCGACAUGCGUAUGAGUCGGUCUCGGUUAUCAGUCACCAACAUUGAUACGCGUGAGAUUCUGGAGGAACAGAUGAUUGCGAGGAACCCGAGUAUGAGGCCGCCGGUGCCAUCGAGUGAGGGUGGGAUAAUUGGUGUACCGCCGCCCCCACCAUUGCCUGUGAAGAAAUCUCCCGAGCCUGAGCAACCGACGCCGACCGUCGUUGCGCCUACACCCAUAACUCCAAAACCAGCUCCCCUCCCAACGGCUCCUAGUGAAGACCCAGCAAUCGCUCCACCCCCAAUGCCAAUCUUCAAAGAACCCCCGCCAGAGAAAGAAGACGAUGUCGCGCCUCCCCCAAUGCCAAAGUUCGUCGACCCACCUCCAGAAAAGGACGAUUCCACUCCUACAACAUCAGAAUUUAAUACCCCAGCUGCUCCUUCCCCAGCUCAAGUGGAAUCGGAAUUAGUUCCGGUAAGCGUUGCACCGCCUACACCGACUCGUCUCCCGUCUCCACCUCUCUCUGCGCGUUCGCGUUCUCCUCCAACGACGACAAGGACAACGACGAGUGGGAAAGCUUCGCCUUCGCCUUCUCCUAUCUCACCUACUGAGCGGUUCGCUGCUGGAGCGGGUGGAGGAGCGAACUUGACGCGUUCUGGAUCGGGCGAACAACGUAUUCGCGGUCCACGCGGUGCUCGUUCUGCACGUCGUCAAUCCAAUAGCGGCGUAGGUGGUACAUCGGGGUUGAACCGUACAGGUGCAGUCUCACCUAGCGGAGGAGGAGUAGGAGGCUUGCACCGCGCCUCGAACGCCAAUCGUCUCAGUUUCACUGGUCGUUCAAGUCCAAGCCCGCGGAGUGGUUCUCCUAAUCCGCAGGAUUACGAGCCGAAGAGGAAGGGAAACCGGACGUCUGCUGGUGUGUUUGCGAAGAGGGGGUUGGGGAGUGACCCGGAGGAAUAA